AUGCAAGGCUCCAGAGAACUGAAGAAGCAAAAGCUUCAGCUCAAAGGAUGCAGUGCCUUGUGUUGCAGUUGUAGGCUCAGUGUCUCUUCCUCCGAGGAAGCUGAGGGCUCGGGUUCUGAUCGGUUUCCGACAAUCUCAAGCAUUGCACACGCCAUGGUUCAAGAGAGGUUAGACCAAAUGAUCAGAGAGAGGCAAGAGGCGAGACACGAAGGGAGGAGGAGGGCGAGAGGUGAAUGUACUAAAUUCAUUGUUAUGGUUGCCAUGGAGAAGUCAUCUGAUGAUCCUGUGGAAGAUUUUAGAGAGUCUAUGGUGGAGAUGAUAAUGGCAAAUCGGAUCUCCGAGCCAAAAGAUCUUCGUUGUCUUCUAAAUUGUUAUGUUUCGAUGAAUUCUGAGGAAUAUCGAGAUUUCCAAAUAGAUCACGGCAUUGUGCCACAGUUUGGGCACGCCAUCACAGGAGCGUUGCUACUGACAGAGAUACCAAAUACAUAA